AUGGUUUCCGACACGGACCUCGUGACCCGACUCCGAGAAAUCCUCCGUAGCUCCGACCUUGACACGGCGACUCCGGCGAGCGUCCGCCGCCAGUUAGAGGCGGAUUUCGGUUUCGACUUGACAGAUAGGAAGGGAUUCAUCAGGGAUCAAAUCGAUGUUUUUCUCGAGAGCAAUACCGGAGUAGAAGACAAACCAGAGAUCCCUAAGGCAGAAGAAGACGUUAAUGCCGAUGAAAUGACCCAACCAGAGGCGGAAGUCGAAGAAGACGACGACGACGGAGAUGGAAGUGAAAGUGAUGAAGAGAAGGAAGAACGGCCAGAGAAGGAGGCCAAGAAACGAGGUGGUGGAUUUACCAAAAUAUGUCAGCUUUCUCCACAGCUUGACAAGUUUCUUGGAACGUCUCAGUUAGCUCGAACCGAGGUUGUGAAAAUGAUGUGGAAGUACAUAAAGGAGAAGAAUUUGCAAGACCCAAAAGAUGGGAGGAAGAUAUUAUGUGACGAGCCGCUGCAUUCGUUGUUCCGUGUGAAGAGCAUUAAUAUGUUUCAAAUGAACAAGGCAUUGUCCAAGCAUAUUUGGCCCUUAGGUGAUCCAAAUGGGUGUGUAAACAGUGUGAAAGAAGAAGACGAAGAUGAAGAAGAAGGUGAUGCAUCAGAGGAAAGAGACGAGAAGAGGGAGAAAAGCGAAGAAGUGGACGAGAAUAAUGAAGAAGGUAGUGAAGAGGAAGCUAGGAAUCUGCGGAAGCGCAAGAGGAAAAGGCCAGCCAAGUCAGGGGAGAAGCCCAAGAGAAAAGGAGGAGGUGGCUUUACCAAAGUUUGCAGCCUCUCGCCAGAGCUUCAGGCUUUUACUGGUGUUACAGAAUUUGCCAGGACAGAGGUUGUGAAAAUGCUUUGGAGGUAUAUAAAGGAGAACAAUUUGCAAGAUCCGAAUGAUAAACGCACAAUACUAUGCGACGAAUCAUUGCGAUCUCUGUUCCAGGUCGAGUCCAUCAAUAUGUUCCAAAUGAGUAAACAUCUGAGCAAGCACAUAUGGCCUUUAGAGGAUAAUAAUACAGGAGAAUCAGUUGGCUCUAGCUCUCCAAAAAAUGGGAAGCAGAAAAUGGACACAGACGGAGAGAGUGAGGAAGUAAACGGGAAAGAUAAAAAGCAGAAGAAAGAAGUUUGUGUUCUUCUUGCUCCCCUUCCACUUUCAGACGCUCUCGUCAAGUUCUUGGAUAAUGGAGAAAGCUCGUUGUCAAGGGCAGAUGUGGUUAAGAGAUUGUGGGACUACAUAAAACAGAAUGAUCUUCAGGAUCCUUCUGAUAAGAGGAGAGUCAUAUGCGAUGAGAAGCUGAAAGAGCUCUUUGAAGUUGAUUCAUUCGAAGACAUAUCAGUCUCAAAACUUCUGACCAACCACUACAUCAAGACCGAACAAUAA